GACGAUCUCACCGCCCCCCAAGCCUCCUGAGAGCCCAGGUGACGUCUGGGCUCGGCCGGCUCGCGGUAGACGGGACGAUGGCAGCGGCAGUCGGGCGGCUACUGGCGGCGACUGUGGCUCGCUCAGGGCGUGCGGGCUGGGGCGACCCGGGCCGAGCCCUGGCUGUGCAGCUAGUGCCUUCCCGAGGUGCCACCGUCACCCGCAGCGGCGCCAUUUUGCCCAAGCCGGUUAAGACGCCCUUCGGCCUCCUCAGAGUGUUCAGCGUCGUGAUCCCUUUCCUGUAUGUUGGUACUCAGAUCAGUAAGAACUUUGCAGCCUUACUUGAAGAACAUGAUAUCUUUGUCCCAGAGGAUGAUGAUGAUGAUGAUUAAAGGCACUGGAACUGAAGAAAAGAAGGGAGAAAGCCAUUGACAAAACAAUGGUUCCAACAUCUGUCACCUGUGUUUUGUGCUUCCUAAAGUGGACAGGGGGCUUUGCAUCCCCUUUUGCCAGUGAGUGUCCUGCACAUCUCUGUAUGCUGGAAGUCUGUAGAUCAGAGUUGAAGGAAGUGCUUUGAUAGGCCCUGUGUCCUUGCACACACAUGCUCACCUCAUCAAAGACUGCUUGGGAUGCCUUUAAUUAGCAACAUGGGAAACAAUUAAUUAAAUAUCAAGAGAUUGACAAAUGCAA